CAUCAUAUCCUACACCACAUCCAUAUCUUUAGUACCUAGCCUUUUAUUCUCUCUUUUUUUUUUUUAAGUUUAAGAAAUGGUUAGGAACCUAAACAACAUGAUGCUUAAUGGGUUCGGCCUCGUGUGUCUGUUCAUGAUCAUUAAUAAAGCCUACGCUCGAGAGUUUGCGGUCGGUGGUGCAAAAGGUUGGACCGUCCCUUCCGGCUCUCAAGUUUAUAGUCAAUGGGCAGAACAGAGCAGAUUCCAAAUCGGUGACUCUCUACUGUUUGUGUACCACCCAAACCAAGACUCAGUGCUCCAAGUCACAAGGGACGCUUACGACAGCUGCAACACGGAUGCACCAACCGCUAAAUUCGCAGACGGCAAAACUUCAUUCGCACUAACACAUUCUGGUCCGUACUAUUUCAUCAGCGGAAACAAAGACCACUGCAACAAGAACGAGAAGCUAGUUGUCAUCGUCAUGGCUGACAGAAGCGGCAACAACAACACCACCACCACAUCAUCAUCACCUCCAUCUCCAGCCCCGGCUCCUUCUCCGCCUAUGGAGGGAACCCUUGAGCCCCCGGCAGCUACACCUACUCCAUCUCAAGAAACUCCUAACAACGCAGCUUCUCCAUCUUCUUCCUCUGUUGCUGCUGCUCUUCUCGGAGCUGCUCUUGCUUCAACUCUAUUCCUACACUAAGAAGUUUCUGUUUUGUCUUGUGUUUUCACUAUGCAACAAGUUUCUGUUUUCCCUUUCUCUCUUUUCACCCCACUUUGUGUCCAUUGGUGUUUGUUGUUUGAUUCUUUUCACAUUUGUUUCUCAUGUACGUGAAUAAAAAUUUCUAAUUGUGUGCA